AGAGGAAUUCUUGCACGCGGCAUUGCGGAAAUUACGUCACAAAUGCGACUGUAGCAUCUCCCGCUCAAAUGUUUCUCCCGCGAACUAGGGGAAAAAAGACACACAGCCAGCAAAGAAACAUGUCAGGUGUAUUCGAGUCUCCCAAACCCAGGAUAAAUGCAUCUAUGCUGUCUCAGCAUGUGAACCGGCCGGUCUGUUUAACGGGCCGUGUAGAGAAGGUCCACCCAUCAGGAAAGUCUUUCACGCUAACAGACGGCGAGGGCAAGACUGUAUCCGUGGAGCUGAAUGACCCACUCGACGAGGAGCUGAGUGGAAUUGUGGAGGUGGUUGGCAUGGUGUCAAACAAAGGCGCCGUCAUGGCCACUGCCUACACCGCCCUCCGAGAGGAAAAAAUACCCUUUGAUUUGGAGCUCUAUAACGAAGCUUUGAAAGUUGUCCACGACUUCCCCCAGUACUACCCCUUCCAAUAGAGAACAACCUGCAGCACUGGGUAACGAGACAUCUGUUCGUUUACGUCUUUACUCAAACAAACAAGUUACAAAACGAGUGGAUUUGUUGAAUAUGGGGAGCCCUCUAUCAGCCUAUACUUGACUCUGGUCAAAUGGCUGAUUUUCUCAUAUGUCCAAUCCCUUCUUCACAACCCUGAGGAUCAAGCAGAGUGUGGGAAGCUCAUACUCACCAGCACACCGCUAGAUCUGUCUAUCUAAGAAUCCGUACUCACCAGCACACCGCUAGAUCUGUCUAAGAGUCCGUCGGAGCGAGUGGGGGAUUUGUACAUUUGGAUUUUGUAUUACUUUAUCUUGUGUCCAUGUAUUAAUAAAAUAAAUAUGUUCAUAUGUU